AGUUUUUGAUUAGGGUCUAAGAAUUUUUGUUCUUUAAGUUUUUUGGCGAUUUAAGUAGCAGUUGGCACACACAUACUGUUUGUGUUCUUUCAACUGUUGGGAUACUUGUGGUAGCGUGUUGUGUGUUGUAGGUGGAUAGAAAUACUAUUUUCACGAUGCUGAUGCCCAAGAAGAACCGCAUCUCCAUCUACGAGUACCUGUUCAAGGAGGGCGUGAUGGUGGCCAAGAAGGACUUCCACGCGCCCAAGCACCCGGAGCUGGAGGCCAUCCCCAACCUGCAGGUCAUCAAGGCCAUGCAGUCGCUGAAGUCUCGCGGCUACGUGUCGGAGCAGUUUGCGUGGCGCCACUUCUACUGGUACCUCACCAACGAGGGCAUCAACUACCUGCGCAACUACCUGCACCUGCCGGCAGAGAUCGUGCCGUCGACGCUGAAGAGGCAGACGCGGCCCGAGACGGCCCGGCCGCGCCCCACGGCGCCGCGCACGGAGGGGGCCAAGCCCGCGGAGGACAGGACGGCCUACAGGCGUGCCCCCGGCGCGGCCGGCCCCGACAAGAAGGGAGACGUGGGCGCCGGCACCGGCGAGCUGGAGUUCCGCGGUGGUUUCGGCCGAGGCAGGGGGCCGGCGCCUCAGUGAGCUCUGUCGUUCCGCGCCUGGAACACCUUGUACUCAAAUAAAAAUAUUGUGAAUUGUG